CGGUAAAAAAAAGGGGUGAAUGUGUUUAUAAAGAAAAUGUUUUAUGUUGGAGUUGGGAGUCAGAGAGGAGUGAUGGUGCUGUAGGGUGGUUAAGUGCCAGCGGGUAUUUAGGUUAUUGUUUAGUUUUAUUUAUUUAUGUAUAUAUUUGUUUUUUAUUUUAUUCAACGCCUGAUUUCGAGUCGCGCGCCUCGAGUUUGCGCAGUUUAUAAAGGCAAACGCGCAAAAUGAGGCAGAGAUCAGAGCAGCUCAGGGGGAAACACGCACUAUAACACGUUAUACCACAUACACAGGGGAAAUAACGACCAGAUCUCAUUCAGCACAUCCAGGAAUUCAGUCCAGGUGAAGAAGUGGAUGAUGAUGAAGAUUGUUUGUGAAUUUUCUGCGUAAGUUUUCUGCAGCUUCGGCUUUUCCUCCUGCACGCGCCGUUUGGAGGCUCUCUUUGGUUCUGAGAGACAAUCCUGUGGAUAUAAUGCCCAGCAAGAGUGUGUUGAAUGCACAAGUGAACACCAGAACCGAUGACGUUCCUAAAUCCAGCUCAGGACGCGCCAGGAAAAGGAAAGCAGAUGUUGCUAUUCACUUACAGGAUCCAGAUGAGGAAAUUACAGAGAUGCAGACAAAAAAGAAGCAGUGUUCAUCCCAGGAGACGUGCCGGGAUCAGACGCCAGCGUCCUCGCCAUGUCAGGCAGAUAAACCGGUUGGAAUCGGCAGGGUGGGAUACGCACACUACACCAGCAGGAGUGUGUUUGUCACCCCGACGCGGCCCUCGCCCCUGCCUGCCCUGUGUUGGGCGAGUAAAGACGAUGUGUGGAAUAACCUGCUGAAGAAAGAUAAAAUUUACCUUCAUAAUGUGCGGGUGAUGGAGAGACACCCCAACCUGCAGCCUAAAAUGAGGGCCAUUCUGCUUGACUGGUUAAUCGAGGUGUGUGAAGUGUAUAAACUCCACCGAGAGACGUUUUAUUUAGGUCAGGAUUAUUUUGAUCGCUUCAUGGCCACACAGAAGAACGUGCAGAAGUCCACACUGCAGCUCAUCGGCAUUUCUGCUCUCUUUAUCGCCGCUAAAAUGGAGGAGAUUUAUCCUCCUAAAGUGCACCAGUUUGCAUAUGUGACUGACGGAGCGUGUACAGAGGAGGAGAUUCUCAGCAUGGAGGUCAUAAUCAUGAAGGAACUGAACUGGAGCCUGAGUCCAUUAACUCCGGUGUCCUGGUUGAACAUCUACAUGCAAAUGGCUCAUCUGAAGGAGUUCACUGAAGUUCUCAUGCCACAAUUUCCUCAGGCCACAUUUGUACAGAUCGCUGAGCUGUUGGAUUUGUGCGUUUUGGAUGUCAGGAGUCUAGAGUUCUCCUCAAGCCUGUUGGCUGCUUCAGCUCUGUUCCACUUCUCAUCUAUGGAGCUCAUCAUGAAGGUUUCUGGGCUGAAGUGGUGUGAUGUGGAGCGAUGUGUGAGGUGGAUGAUACCAUUUGCGAUGGCAAUACGUGAUGUUGGAAGCUCCUCCUUAAAAACGUUUAAAGGCAUUCCAGCAGAGAACAUUCACAACAUCCAGAGUCACUCCCCCUACCUGGACUGGCUGGGAAAGGUACACACCCAUCAGCUGGCAGAUUCGGAUCACAGCCAGACCUCGUCUGUCCCGUCUGGUGUGUUGACUCCGCCCCCCAGCAGUGAGAAACCUGAAGACUCUUCGUCCUGACUGCUGCUCUGCUUCACCUGAUGGACCGGGGCACAACCCACAGCCAUGCUGUUCUCGGCUCACCUUCUAGAACUUUUCAUACUGAUCUCUGCAAAAUUCUAAUGGCUUUUAUUCUUUAUUUUUUAACAUGUAUUAUUGAUUUACCAAGUCGUGACCCACCUACCGAAUCCUCAGAGAGCCUCAGUGCUUGAAUGCUGCUAUAACGGUGGUGGGACGCGCGUGCGCACACACGAAAUCAAAGAGAGGAUUCGAUUUUAGAUUUUAUGCUGUGUGUUUUAUGGAGGAUCACACUAUUUUUCUAAAGAAGGUUCAGGCUACUGUGGAAAUGGAUUUUUAAGGCUAUAGAACUGGGAUUUUAUUUUUGUAAGUUUUAUCCUCUGCUUGUAUUGAGUGAAUUUUUUUUUUUUUUUUUUUUACCAAAACAAUUUUUGUCAUGCUGCUGCUAUUGUGUAUUUUAUGAAAACCUAAAUAAAGCUCUAAAUGCACACACA